AUAUUAUCUUCUGUUCUCUGCCAGAGACUCUCAUGGGUUAGUUAGGGUUACAUGAAGAUGGGAACCUAACGCCCUCUCGGUCCACGCCAGCGGGACAGACCGCUCUGCUGCCACGACCGCCGUCAUGAGACAUGUCUUGUGUCAGGAAGCUCUUUAAGAGAAAAUUCUUACGAACACAGUCAAGUGAAACGAUUCUCGUGGCCCAGCAGAGUGACAACAACAGUCCGUCUGACCCGGUCUCAUCUUCCACAGCAGUCAGUGCCGAUCACGACGACGCCUCCAGUGCCUGCUCCGAUGGCAACGUCACAUCAGACUCCAAGGCCGCGGCCCCCGAUCAGCCCAACCCCUCCACCGCCGCCCACACCACCACCGCCGCCGCAGUCGUCGUAACCAGCUCUCAGGGCGCGGCCAGCACUUCCGCCCUGCUAAUACCACCAGAGCGACGACGACCACACGGCAGCGUGGGUCUUCAGCCACCUUCGUCGCCGCUGUCCAUAACCUCGGAGAAGCCCCCCUCCUCCGUGUCGGACACUCCUGCCCCCGUCACGACUAUUCCGGAUCUCACAACAAUUUCGGAAACCAAGAAAAGCGUUCCCUCUGCCAGCUUCAAGCUUGUGCUACCCGCAGUGGCAACGCGAGGAGGCAGACCGUCGAGAGGUUUUCUCCGGCUGCAGCAGAAAGAGUUCACUGUCGCUGACAUGGAAGGCAGAGACAGCAAGGUCCGAUUAGAGGGACAGCCUUCCAGCCCCAGUCCCAGUCAAAGUCCCACAUCAUCCUCACCGCUGGAGUCCGUGUCACAUUCCAAGGGCGUCUUGACCUCCGCUUACCUUUCUCCCAGGCUGAUACCCGCCGCAACCGAAUCCAAAGUCCUGACCACAAUAAUCUCUUCCCAGAAUCCCGGGUACUCCUUCGAUGUUGCAGCCAGGCUUGGGCGAAGUUCUCCAGUGGUCAGUUCUUCUCUCAGUCAAGGCGCUUCUGCUUCCACUGGCGAGCUGCAGGCGGAGGAUGGGGGUUGCAGGUCCUCCCUGCCGCAGUCUUCUGCACCCGAGGUUUCGUUCCUGACCGACAGCCCGAGGAUUUCGGAGCCCUCACUCCUGUCGGAUCUACCUCAGACCACACCUCCAGGCGCAUGGGGGGAGGAGUUAGAUGUGGAAGCACCACCCAUUCCAGAAGCUUUCGACCGCGGAUAUCCUCCUUCUUACACCGAGACUGAGACCCACAGUGCGCCCUAUCCCCAGAUCUCCCCUGUACUGGCGAGCUUUGUCCACCCCGUGUACGACGCUUCCAUCUCCGACGACGUCAUCCUCCCAGAUGACCUCUUCUUCGAGUGUUCUGACAGUGGGGAGACUCCGGAGGCACCCGGAAUGGAGCGUCCAAGGAACCCUACCCCAUAUGGGUCCCGCCGGCUCAUGACGUACCCAGAAUGCUCCGUCACUCCACCCAACCAGUUUGUAGACGUAAGCGAGGCAACAGUACCCCCAGCCAGGUUCCGAGACAAUGAUGCGUCGACAAAAACCAAAGGAGAAUCGAAAGAAGUUUUCAAGGAGGCAGCAAAAGAAGCGCAGAAGGGGGAAGUGACGAUCGAGAGGGUGGAAGAUGAAAAGCACUUAAAAGGAAGACAGCAGCAGGAGGAGGUGAAUGACGGAGAAAAAGCAAUGGAGGAGGAGGAAGAAGAUGAGGUGGAGGAAGAGGAGCGUAGGGCAAAUGAGGAAGAAGAAAAUGUUCCAGAACAUUUGAUGGACGUCUUCGAGUUAGGGAAAAUGUGCAGCCGCAGCAGAGCUAAACUCAACUCCGCCGACCAGCGCUUGAGCAGACGACAAAAGAAGAUUUUCAUCCUCCAGCAGCAGGUGAUGCAGCAGGCAGAGGAGCUGAAGGAGCUGACUCGGCUGAUUAGAAUGGCCGAGGCUCAAACGAAUGCUCUUAAAGAAGAGAAGAAAGAACUGGACGCAGAGCUGCAGAAGACAUGCGACCAGCUGACGGACGUGGACGAGGUGAACACCAAGAAACACGAGCCGCUGAUGUACAAGAAGUUCAGUACCAUCAAAACAGCCGCAGAGGCCAAAACUCUCCUCGUUUCAAUCCGCAGUCGUCAGAAGGCGCUGUAUUACCUAGAGGCCAUGACAUACCGGAAGUGCGUAGCGCUGCAGCACAAUUUGAAACUGCAGGUCUCCGGCAGUACAACGGGGUCCGACAAAGAUCGUAAACUGUCCAAGCGGAUGAGCACCAUAGGACCCGCCUCGCCCAAAAAGAGCAAGAAGCUGAAGGACCAGCUGUCGCUGAGCUCUGCGGCCAUGCCGUCCUCGGCUGUCUUGCCGGCACUUCCGCUCAUGCUCUCUGCCGUUUCCGCCGCCUCAAUCAACGGCCCCGGCUUGGGCCCGCUGUUCUUCCCCGUGCAAGAAACACAGCAGCAGCAACAACAACAACAGCCGCUGCAACCGGUGGCGUCUCAUUCCAGUUCGCUGGGCAAUGCUGUUCUUCUGUUCGAUGAUUUCAGAGAAACGGAGCUUGACUGACACUAGCACAAAUAAAUCUUAUGCAAGGCAUCAUA